AUGUGGCUCCUGGGCACCGCGCGCGCGAACCUCGUCUUCUUUCCCCAACCUGAAGACGUUCCUGGAGGCUAUGUUAUCCUGUCGCACACCUGGGGAGAAAAAGAAGACACGUUUCAAAGGGGAUUUUUGGCGCUCAAAAACCCGCGCGAUCGCCUCACUCCCAAAGUCCAAUCGUUCCUUGAGCUCUGCGAAAAGCACGGUUACGAGUAUGCUUGGGUCGACACGUGCUGUAUCAACAAGGAGAGCAGUGCUGAGCUCUCGGAAGGCAUCAAUUCCAUGUUCCGCUACUACGCCCUCUCCACCAUCUGCUACGUCUACCUCAGCGACGUUGGAUACUCCUACGAUGAUUCAUACAAGAUGUGGCACUCCUUCCGAAGCAGCCGCUGGCACUCGCGGGGCUGGACUCUCCAAGAGCUCAUCGCGUCCCGCGUCCUCGUGUUCUAUUCCACAGAGUGGACCUGUCUGGGUAGCAAGCACGAGCUCGCCGAUCGCCUAGAAUGGGCAACUGGAAUCUCUGCGGUAGUCCUCCGCUUCGAGAGCCCGUUUACCGACGCGAGCAUCGCGACGCGCAUAUCCUGGGCGGCGCAUCGGGAAACCACGAGGCCGGAAGACGCCGCCUACAGCCUCUUCGGGCUUUUCGGGGUCAACAUGCCGACGCUCUACGGCGAAGGCCGGCUCGCAUUCUCCCGGCUCCUCAUGGAGAUCUCGAAGACUUCGCGGGAUCCUUCGAUAUUUCUCUUGGGAGCACGAUGGCAUGCAGAACGCCCAACAGCCGAAUACGUCGCCAUCUUCUCCCCCUUCAGCCUUCGCCGACCUUUAGGCUAUACGACCCUAUUCCCAGGGUAA